AUGCGGGCCCUUUCACUUCUCCUUGGCCUUGCCGCUCUCGGCAGCGCCUUCGUCAUCCCGGAGAACAUGACCGACGGCGUGUACGAGGUCAUAGUGGACCACGCCGGCAACGAGCUCCAUCGCCGCAUUGGCGACGCGGACGUUGUAGGUCCCAUAAGGAUAAGAGAUACCAACCGGAGGAAACUCGAGUCCCGUGCGUGGAAGGACAAAUUAAAGACCAACUGCAACUGCUGGCACGACCUCAAACACUCCGACACCGACGGCGCCGUCGACGCUCUCGUGUAUCAGAUUGGGCCGAUGCGGCAAUUCAAGGGACCAAGCGUAUUUUCCAUCAAGGGAGACGUUGUUGCCUUCGCCUGCAACCCCGGCACGAAAAAGACGUAUACGUCCAACUGGCUCAUACCACGGUUGCUGGACGAAGUGACCGAGAAAUGUGGUACCUACGUGAGCGGCGCGGCCAGACAGGACAACGGCGGAGAUUACCCGGUGGCAUACGUGGGCUACAUGGAGAGCCUUCCUGGUUACUCUCUUUGCCCUACGGUUAUGAAUUAUUUUAAGGAUGACCAUUGUUGA